AUGGUCACAACUACCGCAGAACAGGUCAUGGUAUUGUUCUUGGGAAUCAUGCCAUCUGCUAACCCUGUGCAAAAGCAGUUUUCAUGUGAUCUUCGCACAUUGACACCUGAACUCCCAGACCUUGGAGAAGUAGGACUCCACCGUGCCCUACCUUUGGCUCAAAGCCAACACUGGAUGCCGACUUCACAAAAACUCUUUGUUGAAUGGCUGAAGGAGACGAAACAAUUGAGCCAAUGUUUCAAUUGUGGACGCCCUGGUGCAGGGUAUUGGGCAUUUGGGUUGUAUGACCUUGACUCUUGCUAG